CCAGCCAUCACCACCAACCUCGAACGGGAGAUGGAGAACCAAAGCCAAAUCUAAUUCCACUCCCAAAUCCCCCAAUUCCAAUGGAGACGCUCUCCACUCCCGUCUCCUCCAUCAAAGCCAUCCCUUUGUUCCCCACCGCCGCCACCCCCAAUCACCUACUCAGGCCCUCAACCAACCCCUCCUCCCUCCCGAUCCCUGCCUUCACCAACCUAUCCGCCAGAGCCCGACCUCAAUCCCACCACCACCACGCCAAAUCCGUCCUCCGCCUCUCCCCCUCACCGCCCCGGCACCGCCCUACCCCGCUCGGCACCCCGCGCCGCGUCCACCGUGCGGCCUCCACCGGCUACGCCGCGGCCCUCCUCGACGUCGCCCGGUGCGAGGGCGCGCUCGCGGCCGCGGAGCGGGACCUCCGGCGGCUCGUGCGGGGGGUCCGGCCGGUGCUGGCGGACCCAGGGCUGGACGAGGCGGCCAAGGGGGAGGUGGUGAGGGGGGUGGCGGAGGGCGGCGGGUUUUACCGUCACGUGGUGGCGCUGGUGCGGAUGCUGGUGGGGAAGGGGAGGGCGGCGCUGGUGGAGGAGGUGAUGGAGCAGUUCGUGCGGCUGUGCGACGAGCUGAGCGGGACGCGCGUGGUGGUGGUGAUGUCGGAGGAGGGGAAGAAGAUGGAGGAGCAGCGGCUGAGGGGGAUCGCCCAAGAGGUCCACAAGGCGACCGGCGCGCCCAAGGUGAGGGUGAGACACCUGCACAGGUUUGCUGAUUGACCUAUAUACUUUAUAUGUUGAAAGGAAUGGGAGGAGGCAGAUCUCUCCGUACCUUUUUAUUUUUAUUUUUUGUUACAAUAAAUACCAAAUGGCACUCUUUCUAUCUCU